AUGGGAGGCGGAAAAAAGGAGAAACGAUCCCAGGCCGAAGGCGCUAAAGCAAAGGAUCCAUCCUGGAAUUUUUAUUAUUGUCCAUAUAUACUUAGGACUGGAGAAGAGUGCAAUUGGAGAUGCUAUUCUCCAAAAGGAUGUAAAGUCCAUCAGGAUUCUAGGCAAGUUGCUUGCAAAGAAAGCGGAUGUGAUGAGAUGACAAGAUCCAGAUAUGACUAUUACGAUACACAUGCAAAAAAACAUAGAUCGAGGGAACAUUAUCAUCGAAAAAAGCAGGCUAAGAUGGCUUCAGCGGAGAUACCGAUAGGUAAUUUAGAGGUAAACGAAAAUAUUAUAACUUGUCACUAG